AUGAAUUCCAGAACGACAACUUCCAAAAAAAGUGGUUUAACCUUUCCAGUUGCGAGAAUAAUUACUAUGCUUCGUGUACGUGGUGUAGCCAAUCGCAUUACCACAGACGGUGGAGUUUACUUUACUGCAGUUCUUGAAUACUUAACAGCCGAAAUACUGGAAUUGGCUUUGAACGCAGCUCGGACUGAAGGAUCUUCAAGAAUACAGCCACGACAUUUGAAUAUAGCAUUAAGAUCAGACUUGGAGCUUUUUCCUCUUUUUCGGACAGCUAUUUUUCCAGAGAGUACGCACCAUCCAGACAAUAAUGUAAAUCGCUAA